AACAGAAUAAUCUUUCAAUCUCUCCAUUUUCAAAGAUUCUACCUUUUCUCGAGAUCGCCGCCGUAAUAAUCUCAUUGCGCUCAUUGGUGAAGAAGACAAUCCAAUCCCUAAUUCGUGUAUGUCAGAUUCUGUGCCCGGCGAUUUUCUGUCCGAUCCACUUCUCGCCUCCGGAGCCUUCAUCUCCUCCGCCGGUGACGGAACCCUAGGCAGUAGUGCGAAGCGGCGACCGAUUCAGGGAGGUACCGGAGUUUCUGGUUCGGGUGAGAAGGUACGCAUUGGGAUGGCUAACGGUACAGAUCAGAUGAAUCCACCGCAGGAUAGUUCAGGUCAUCAGUCCGAAUCGAAGUCGCGGAAGCGUGCGGCGCCUGGGGAUAAUUGGUUGCCUUCUGGUUGGAGAGUUGAAGAUAAAGUUCGAACCUCUGGUGCUACGGCUGGUUCGGUUGAUAAGUACUAUUACGAACCAAACACAGGCCGUAAGUUUCGGUCCAGGACUGAGGUACUCUACUACUUACAACAUGGAACCUCUAAAAAAGGCGCCAAGAAAGCAGAGAAUACAGAUUUCAAUCCAGACCAUUUGGAAGGCCAAGGAAGCAAUAAAGCCAUCAGAAAAGCUAGAGAGCCUCCACGGCCGCCCCCUCCAUUGGACUUUGAUUUUAAGAAUCCACCAGAGAAGGUAAGCUGGUCAAUGGGGAACACAAGAGAAGAAGCUUGGACACCUAUUAUUGGGGACGUCAAGGUUCAAGACUCAGUGAGACGAGAUUGGAGCACUGCGUUUACAUUCAUCACGAACAGAAACCCAAGCAAACUGUCGUUGUGAUUUGUGAAGACGAUGAUGGCAAAAUUUUUGGGACAUUGCAUCUAUUGUAAGAUAAACAGAGAUGUUACGGUUACUUAAUUGGGUGAUUCUUGUUUUAGUUUUCUUCAUUCAUCAACUUAUGUGUACGAUAAUUCAUUGGAGCUAUAUCUGCGUUUGCGUUUGGAAUGUGAUGAGUUUGAAUUUGAA